AUGGAAACAAGAGCUAAAUCAAAAAACUGCUUUGUUAUCUAAACACAUUCAACUUAAUAAUUAUUGACAAUCCGCUCUCCGAAGAUCAGGAGCCAGAGAUAUUUUACUAAACUAAGCAUAAAUAAAGACCAAAAGUAAGGCUUCAUAAAAUUAAUAUCGCCAAAUGAUAUGAAAUCAAACAUAGAAAUACUCAAAAGAAGUUGCAGUUCCGAAUCGACAUUGGAAGGGACCUUAAAUAAGAGAUGUUAAUAUUUAUUUUUAACUUUUACUCAAUAAAAAACAAAAUACUAAAGACAUUAGUUUUGUAUUAGAAAGUGGAGAAAAUUCAUCCUUUGUGUUUAAGCCAUUCUUUUUCUGUUCAAAGUUGCACUAGUCCAAUACAAGAUCAGGAGCAUCUCUCCACCAAAGAUGUCAAUAUGUCACCAAUUGACACAUCACCAUCCCUACCCUGAAAGCCCUACAAACAGAAAAAAAAAGAAGAGUUACAGUAUAGAGACUAAAAAUAGAAAUUGUAGUUUUGGCCAAAGAAUUCAAACCUUGAUUCUCCAUUAAAAAAUGAAGUUUGAAGCCCAAAAGAAUAGCACGUAUAUAAGACAAUUUAAAAACUCUGAUAUAAGAUUAACUCGGUUGAUUAGUUAAAAAGCAUUCAGCACUCACUCAUUACAUACAACAAUUGAUAAUUCCAAAUAGUUACCUGCUAUAAAUAGGCUGGAGUAUACUGAAAGACCAUGUCUAAUUUCAUCCUAAUCAAAAAAAAUUUCUCUAAAAUUAAAGAAAAUUCAUUGA